UAUGAAUAAUAUAACAAAACCCAAAGUGCUUCUGCAAAAACAGAACCAAACAAGAACCAACACUUUGCUGCUACUUAACUAAACUAAACUCCUCUCUCUCUCUCUUCGACUUUCUUCCAUUGGGAUACGCAAUUUGCUACGCCACUCUCCUAUCUUCUUUGCACAUCGCUUCUUCUAAUCUUCGUUCCUGCUGCUCGCCGGAGCAUCUUGUGUUGUUUCCCAAACCUAGUUGCACUCUUGUCGGUUGCAUCUCAGAUUGUGACACCACCGCUGCAGAUUAGUGCUCUCCAGAGUGCUCUAUCAACUCCAAGGUCGUAGCUCGAAGCACUUUCAAUAAAAUAUCCCUCUUAAGGAUUAUUUCAAUGGAUAAUCACUCUUUGCCGCCGAGCACUAGCACCACCGGACUUGCGUUUCCAUCUUUGGUCAUGGAUUGGUCCGCCGAGGAGCAGUAUGUACUAGAGAACGGCCUUGCAAAAUUAAAAGAUGAACCCAAAUUUUCAAAGUAUGUAAAGAUCGCUGCAGCUCUACCAGAUAAAACUGUAAGGGAUGUAGCUCUGAGGUGUAGAUGGAUGACGAGAAAACGGAGAAAGAGAGAGGAAAACAGUGGUGGGAAGGACAUUACAAAUAGAAAGGUGGUGGAUACAUCCCCAGAACUGAACAUGCUAGCCAAUUUGCCACAACAAAAUGCUUUAUAUGCCAUGAACAAUAACUACCACAGUACACACAUGCCUUUUGAAGGUAUAAGCGACGCAGUAUUGGAUCUUCUACAGCAAAACGGUCAAGCUCUUAGUCAAAUUUCAUACAACCUCUCUGCCUUCAAGCUGCAGGAUAACAUCAGUCUUUUUUAUCAGGCAAGAAACAACAUCAGCGCCAUUCUGACUGACAUGAAGGAGAUGCCUGGUAUCAUGAGUCGGAUGCCGCCUCUACCUGUUUCAAUCAACGAUGAUCUUGCAAGCCGUUUAUUGCCGAGUACAACACAGCCAAUAUCGUACACCAUGCAACCAAACAUCCACAUGAAGCAAGAGCCGAGAAGUUGAUGGAAGAAAGAUGGAUUUUCACCGAUGCUAAAGAAAAUAGCACAAGUACCUGGUUAAGUGGCAAUGUUUCCGUGAUGAUCGACAUGACAUAGACACACGAGGGUUUAUCAACUGCAGACACUGCUCCAGAACAAAGACGAGAUCUGACACUCGGCACUGGUAUAACAGUUGAGCUCUCGGGUAGUUUGACUGAGAGAAUGAACUACAAGCCAAGGUAAAAAAGUCUUUGGCCUUCAAUAGAACAUAAGAUGAUUCCUUGAAAGUCAUAACAGAGUUCCGGCAUGGGUUGAUGGAGCGCUGAUGUAAUCUUGUUGAUGUUUAAAUCAGUAUAUUGAACAGUUAGUUCUUUUGAGUUUGGUCUUGAGAGGCUGCUUUUGCGUAAUACACAUGCUCCUUGCCUUGUUGCACUGAAUAUAAGACCUUCGGUUCUAGAGAGAGACUUCUUUAAAAAAGUUUUUGUAUUCCGGAAUCUCUAUUUUGUAUUGGACCGGGUCUGCUAUUUAACCUCACAA